AUGCAGCUUCCUACUCUCCUCCUUACCCUCCUGAGCGCCACCGCCGUCAUGGCCCUCCCCUCGGCGGAGACCAGCAACGCAGACCUUGCCGCCCGCGGUGACAGCGGGUGCUACCCUGUUUCUGACCCCGAUUGCGGUAUCUCCACCUCUUACUGCCGCUGUGCCAAUGGAUGGUACUACCUCUUCAACUCGGACGAGGGUGGCUGCAACCCUCCCUGGGGCAUCGUGGCCACUGAUAUCAGCGGCCUGCCUGGCUGGAACUGUUAA